AUGACCAGUUAAGAAUUUAAACUUUUCAAAAAAACACACGCAAGUAAUCGCUACAUUUACCGACAAGUGAAUAAAUUUAAGAAAAUCACUAUUUUGGGAUAUUAAAUAUUUGUUAGAAAUUGUGUUUAAAAAAGUAUUUGAAAUGUUAACCUUACCCCUCGUAAUGAUUAUAAUAAUUUUGUCCUAUGUUGUGGGACUGUACAUUCGGAUGCUAUACAAAUUUGGAAGGAAAGUGCGCAUUGUAGAUAGUAGUAAGGAAAACAAUAUUAUUAUUCGAGAAUACAAACAAGCACCUGGCCCGGUUCCUUGGCCUAUAAUUGGAAACUUGACAUUGUUGGCACGGUUCAGAGUGCCCUUUGAAGGUUUUACAGAGCUGUCGAAAGAACUUGGCGAUAUUUAUAGCUUAACUCUUGGAUCGACACGAUGUUUAGUUGUCAAUAAUUUGGAACUUAUACGUGAAGUACUCAAUCAAAAUGGAAAAUUUUUUGGAGGUCGGCCAGAUUUUUUCCGUUAUCAUAAACUGUUUGGAGGAGAUCGCAAUAAUUCUUUAGCAUUGUGUGAUUGGUCGUCACUUCAACAAAAACGUCGUAAUCUAGCACGUCGUCAUUGUUCGCCUAGAAAUUCAUCAUCAUAUUUUUUGAAAAUGUCUAAUGUGGGUUCAUUUGAAGCUAGUGAACUAAUGGAAAAAAUGAACGAAAAAGUUAAUCCUGGUGAAGAGUUCGAAAUUAAACCACUAAUUCAACAGACUUGUGCUAAUAUGUUCACGCAAUAUAUGUGCUCUAUGCGCUUUGACUACGAAGAUACAGACUUCCAAACGAUUGUCAAAUAUUUUGAUGAAAUAUUUUGGGAAAUUAACCAAGGAUACGCUUUGGAUUUUUUGCCCUGGUUGUCGCCUUUUUACAAGAAGCACACAAACACUAUUGUUGGUUGGUCUAAUAGUAUUCGAAAGUUUAUACUGGAACGCAUAAUUAAUGAGCGCGAACAAAAUUUAGAUUUAGAUGAACCUGAGACAGAUUUUACUGAUGCUCUUCUAAAAAGUCUGAUUGAAGACAAAAAUGUUUCACGAGACACUAUUAUUUACAUGCUUGAAGAUUUUAUUGGUGGUCAUUCGGCAGUCGGAAAUCUAGUUAUGAUGGCAUUGGCCUAUAUUGCCAAAAAUCCAUUAAUCGGAAAGCAAAUACAAAUGGAAGUUGAUGGUGUGUCUAACAACGGCCAGAGAAAAAUUAACCUUUAUGACAUGGAAAACAUGCCGUAUACAAUGGCUACGAUUUUUGAAGUUUUACGUUAUUCUUCAUCUCCUAUUGUACCUCAUGUGGCGACAGAAGAUACGGUAAUUGCAGGAUUCGGAGUUACUGAGGGUACAGUUGUGUUCAUAAAUAACUAUAAAUUAAAUACAAGUUCUCAAUAUUGGAAGAAUCCUGAACUGUUCCAACCUCAUAGAUUUCUGGAAACAUUAGUUGAUGGAGAAUUUUCAAAAUCCCAAGCUUCAACAAAAAGUUCAAAAAAUAACUCUGAUAAUACAAAACGACGCAACUCAGAAGGUUCCGACUCUGGUAUAGAAUAUGACAAAGAAACCUUAACUAUCAGUUCAUCAGUGUCCGAGAGUUCCGUUUUAAAUUCAUCCACGAAAUUUCAAAAUGUACAUAAAGCUAAGCAUUGGCGUAGUGAGAAGGUGAAAAUUAAAAAAAAUAUACCACACUUUCUUCCUUUUAGUAUAGGAAAACGCACGUGUAUUGGACAAAAUCUUGUGCGUGGUUUCGGUUUUAUUUUGCUGGCAAACAUUAUACAGCAAUACAAUGUUACUUCCAAUAACUUGUCAAGCAUUAUAACAGUUCCAGCCUGUGUUGCACUACCAACUAAGACCUUUCCUUUAGUAUUUAUUCCUCGUAAAAAUCACAAAAAUAAUUAAAAACAAUACUUUUGCUACUUAGAAAGAUGGAACAGGUUUUAUUUAAUUUAUUUGGUCUUUGAUAGUGGUCUGGACAUUUUUUUUUAAUUUUAUCAUAUCUAUUUAUUAUUUCAUAUUAUAUAGUCACAACGAUUUCAUUCACCCAUUAAAUAUAAUUACACAGUAUAUACUCUUAUAAUCUAUGAAGCCUUUGAAUUUCUGUAAUCACAGAAUUUUGGUUUAUGUAUGUGUAGGGCUAGAAUUGUUUAUUUAUAUAAACUAUGAUUAACUUAGAAUUCUCUUUUCUCAUGGCAAAUAUUGUUUUCAAUAAACCGUUAAUCUCUACUUUUAGAUCGCAAUCUGUCGGUUUUCUCAUAUAAGACUGAAAAUGUAUCCAUGUAAUUUAUACUUAUUUUAUAAACUGCUAUGUAUACAAUUUAAGAAUAAAAACUACAAAUGAAACAAGUAUUUACAUAAAGCACAAAAUUAAAGCAUUUAGUAAUAACUAGGCGGCGUAUUUAUGUAAAUGAGAAAUUCACUUUUUAUUAAAAAAAAUUAUCUUUUAAAAUAGAAAAUUUACCAAAAAAUAAUAUUUAAUAAGAUAAAUAGAAAAUUUAUAAAAAAUGUUGAAAUAUCUAAAAGAUGUUACGUUUUAUUUUAGUUUUAAUCAAAAAUCGUUGUCAACUUAGUUUUUUAGCAUUGCACAGUGGGGCAGAAUCGAAAUUUUUU